ACCCUUGUAGCCUAGGAUCAUAUUCAGACAGCGGUUUAAAACCCUGUGUUGUCUGUCCUGUCGGAUCGUAUCAAGAUGAAGCUCAACAGAAUUCUUGUAAAACAUGUCCUCCUGGUAAAAGUACAGAGACUUCCGGCUCAAAAUCAGUAAAAGAGUGUAAAGAAAUUGACAUAUGUCAAGUCUACCGGCCUUGUCCUAAUGUGUCUACAUGUAUUUGCACUGAAGAUGGCUAUAAAUGCUUGUGCCCCGAAGGAUUGCUUGGACGUCAUUGUGAAAUUAAUAUCGACGAAUGUGCAUCUGAUCCCUGUAUUAAUGGUGGAACUUGCACUGAUGGCAUUGGUGAUUACAUAUGUAGUUGCCCUGAAGGAUUUUCUGGACAUCAGUGUGAAAUUAACAUCAACGAUUGUAAAGAAGGUAGUUGCGAGAACGGUGGGACAUGCAUAGACCUGAUCAAUGACUAUAAGUGUGAAUGUGUACCUGGUUACAAUGGACAACACUGUGAAAUAAACACUUAUGAAUGCACUUCGAAUCCAUGUCAUAAUGGAGGGAUUUGUUUUGAUAAACUGAAUAGUUACAAAUGCUGCUGUCAAGCUGGAUUUGGGGGAGAAAAUUGUGAACUAACAGUGGAGCCUCCGGAUCCUUGUGACCAUAUAAAUUGUCUGAAUGGUGGAGCCUGUGUUUCUAAUGGAAGUGACUCCAGUUGCUCUUGUCCCUUGGGAUUCCGAGGAGAAUUCUGUGAAGAGAAUAUUGAUGAUUGCUCAGAUUACACUUGCUAUAAUGGCGGAACAUGUGUUGAUGGCAUUGAAAAUGCUACCUGCCGCUGUUCCCUGCGGUUUACUGGAAAACACUGUGAAGAAGAUGCAGUUCCUGAAUAUACGCUGAGUUUCAUGAAACAGACAACAUCAAAUUUCGUAAAAUUGGAAACUCACCGUUUAAUGCAUGCUAUAACUGUCUCUUUCUUUAUGAGAACUAAUUACAAAAAUGAUAAAAGUAGAGCCACUCCAGUGUCAUUUAGCUAUUACAACAAGAAAGAAAAAAAACUGGUAGACAAUGCUCUGACUGUUUUGGACAUUAAUCGAAUAGUUCUGUUUCUGCAUGGAGAAUUGAUUCAUACUGGAUAUGUUGCUAAUAAAGAUUCUAAUUGGCACCACUAUGCAAUAACAUGGGAGGGCAGUAAAGGAGAAUGGAUUUUUUACGUCGACGGAGAAAUUAUCGUCAAUGGCUCACAGCCUGGGGAGAAAAAAUUGUUUUGGCCUGGCGUGUUUAUUUUAGGUCAAGAGCAGGACAGUCUCGGCGGAACUUUUAGCGUCUCAGAAGCUUUUGUUGGGAAUAUAACAGAGUUUAACGUUUGGGAUCAGUACAUGUCGGAAGAUCAAAUAAAGCAGCUUUCGUCUUCUUGCGGUUUUGUUGGGAAUGUCAUUCCUUGGUUUACAGCUUUGAGGCAUAUUUCUGGCAGCGUCUUGGUGGAGGAAAAUGAAUGGUGCAGAGAUAUUGGUGCCUGCAAUGAAAAAGACUGCAACUGUUUUUAUUCAAAUAGAUCAUCGGAUAGCGUUUGCAGCCAUAUAGUUUCAACAUGCAAUCCGAAUCCUUGUGUCCACAACCAGUCAUGUAUAUUCAAUGGUGAAGAUUUUUUCUGCAACUGUACCUCGGGAUUUCAAGGAAAAUAUUGCGAAUAUGAUGUGGAUGAAUGUUUAGAAAAUCAAGGUGGUUGCUCACAUGGUUGUGUUAAUGACAUUGGAACAUACCAUUGCACUUGUCCUGAAGGUAUGGUUCUCUCGAAGGAUGGCUCCAUAUGCAAAGAUACCAAAUUUUGUCAAGAAAGUCAGCGAAUUUUUACGGAUGGAGAAUGGUGGCUGGAUUCAUGCCGUAACUGUUCAUGUAUUCAUGGAGAGAUCUAUUGCGCUGAAAUUCUCUGCAGCCCUAUCACAUGUCAACCUGAAGAAAACAUGGUUUCAUUACCGGGUGACUGUUGCCCUAAAUGUGUUUUAUGGUCAUUCUGUUUGAUAUCACCAAACAGCAGCAUGACGUCUUUUGAUUUAUCACAGUAUGAGUUUCUGAAUGAUUGUACUCACACCUUGCUUGAAGACUGCAUCAACGGCCUCUUCAAAGUGCAGUUCAGUUCAGUUAAAAACUACUCUCAAAAAGCUUUAAUCAUCUACUAUGAAUGCCUCAAAAUUGAGAUUACUCAUUCGGGAUUAAUACUUAUGGAUAAUGAAACGUUAGAACUACCUUUCAUCGAAACAUCAGUUUACAUCAAUUCUGAUAACCACAGCAUAGAUAUAUGGACUCAUUCAGGCCUGUAUGUACAGUGGUAUGCAAACGGUGAAAUUCUGAUUGCGGUGCCAACCCAUAUGUCUAAACACAUGUGCGGUCUGUGUGGAAACUUCCAAUCGUAUAAUAUAAUCAAGCCAGGAAAAUAUAAUUUCUACGGAACAUCAGAUGAAGAAGAUUGCUAUCUUCUCGGUGAAGAUUAUCUUCUCGUUGAAGAUUAUACAUAUAAUUUUGCUCUGAAUUGCCGUCCUUCAUUUGCCUUUCUUGUGACAAUUUUCAUAAUAUUUUAUUUGUGUUUUGUGGAUAAUUUAAAACAGUUUUAUAUUUGAAAGUGCCAAAAACUUAAAACAUUUAUAUUUGUGAUGCUAAAAAAAUGUGCUCCCUUUAAUAAACCAAAGAUGAAUAUUUGUGAUGUUAAGAAAAGGGUGUUUAUGUAUGAAAUAAAGUUGAAAAUGUUCAAAUUUGUGUAUGAAACUAAUUUAUGUUUAAAUGAUUACCAUCUCCAUCGCAUGUAAUAUAUGAAUUUUUAAUCGUUUUUGAUCAAAAUAGUUUUUAUACUGUAUAGUUGUAUAUUGCAUUAAAGUGUAGUUAAAAUACUGUU